UAAGGCCUUGCCCCAGCGCUGCCAUUGAGGGGCAUUGAGUCAGUGAGUGGAAGAGGUUUGUUUGAAACAGGCCGCAAUGGAGAGACCAGCGCCCAGGGAAGCGAGGGAACAGCAGGCUCCUUCCAGCAGCGCAUCGAGAUGUGAGUCUGGGACACAGAGGGGGCUCCGAGACCGGCAUUGAUUCGGGCUCAGUUCAGGGAGAACCGGGGGCUGUAGGAAAAUACUUGCAGGAACAAGACAAUGUAAUACUUGGCCAAUACAAAGCUAAGGGUGACCAGCUGCUUCUAACAAACAACAGCAGAAACUGAGAGGGACAGUUGGAUGGUGACGCUUAUAUCUUCACGUGACAGCUACCAACAAAAAAACACUUGAAGGACCAAGACAAAGUAAGAUUUCUUCAGUACAAUGGCAAGUGUGACCAGAUCCUUCUGACAAACAGCAGGCAAAUACUUGAUGGGCCAAGACUGUGUCAUAUUUCAUCAGUACAGCAUCUACCAGCUGCUCCAACCAAACAGCAGACAAACACUGGAAGGACCAGGACAAUGUAACAUUGCUUCAGAUCAAAGCCAAGUGUGAUCAGCUCAUUAUAAUAAACAGCAGAGAAGAAACUUUGAGAUACAAGUUGCUGUACAUGCACAUUUCCAUAUCGAUGCAACUGACAGGAAAAGUUUGAAAAUAACCUUGAAGAUAGCAAGAAUUGCAGAUGCUGGAGCCAGCUUUCCCAGUUUCACGUGAAAAGGAGAAUAUUGUAGAGGAGAAGACUGAAUUACGCGCUACUAGAAUUGAAAGGAUUGAGCAUUGCUGACGUGGUCAGGCUAUAAAAAGCGAGCUCCGAGCCCGUUUUUGCUUAUUCUGUGUCUGAAAGUGACCGUCACGAUGGUAGAUGAGAAGAAAGCGCAGGCACCUUCCAAGAAGGGCGCCAAGAAAAUCAUCAAGAAGGCGCCAGCGAAAGGCGGUAAGAAGAGGAGAAAGUCCAGGAAAGAAAGUUACGCCAUCUAUAUCUACAAAGUGAUGAAGCAGGUUCACCCCGACACCGGCAUCUCCUCCAAGGCGAUGAGCAUCAUGAACUCGUUCGUCAGCGAUAUUUUCGAGCGUAUCGCAGGGGAGGCUUCCCGCCUGGCCCAUUACAACAAGCGCAGCACCAUCAGCUCCCGGGAGAUCCAGACCGCGGUGCGGCUGCUGCUGCCCGGGGAGCUGGCCAAACACGCCGUGUCGGAGGGUACAAAGGCGGUGACCAAGUACACCAGCUCCAAGUGAGACCCCACAUUGUGCUGAAAAAAACACAUCCAAAACCCAACGGCUCUUUUCAGAGCCACCCACAAUUUCAGUGAAGCAGUUGAACCAUUUUUCGUUUGUAAAUGAUUCUCGGUAUCUAUAAUUCAUGUCUCUAAUCUUUAUCUUUGUUUACACAAACGUUCUAAAAAUUAAUGUGCUGUCCCUGUCCCUCUGUCGGUUAGUUUCGGAUGCCUUCCUACCCAGUCUCUCCCUCGCUGUACAGAAAACACAUUCAUCGUCAGUCAGUCAUUUUUUUUCAACAACUCCGAUGUGUUCCAGUUAUUAUUUACCCCUUGAUCAGGAAUUUCACCCCCUGGAAAGAAAACUAACUGCUCGAGUCCCACGAAAAGUUGUUGGGGGAUCUCUUGUCAUUGAGGAUUUCAGCUGUCGGUGAGAGGCUUUCAAAAUGAACUGCGAUAAAGCCAGAGCCAGGAUUGCAGUCGCAAGUGUGAAACUGUUGUGUUCAAGGAGAAUAUGGGAGGGCAACUUCAAACUAUUGUUUCAAGUUUUAACCCGUUCACCCCGAAAAACGUGGUGUAAGUUUUUAUAAAUACAUCAGCGUGCACUUG